AUGGCUUCAAUUGACAAGCUUUUUGGAUCGGCCGGUGGCCAGAAACUGGUCAGUGGUUUGAGUAAGCUUUUUGGUGGCUCUUCUGGACCUCUAGACGCCUUGAAAGUCAAGCAGAAAAGUAGAACAGUACUUCCAGAGGCUAAACGUAAAACAGAUGCCAGCACCGCCGAAAAGAGCUCGGAAAACGAGUCCCAAAACCAGCCUGAAAGUGAUACUACCGGGAAAAGACCUUUGGAAGGCGUAACAGAAGUCGAAGUGGAGGAGGAUUCCAAGAAAAAGAAGGUUUCCAAAAGACAAAAACGCAAGCUGACCAAAGACGCUGAGAACACAGAUUUGGAGUCUAAGUACUACUCGAAUCUAUUGCUAAAGGAGGAGAAAAGUGAGCAGAAAGAAGAAGCGGACGACGCUGAUGAUGUCUCGAAAGAGGAAACUGCCGACGUUGCAGAGACCGCUGUCGAUCUCAAGCCAGAGGCCAAAGUGGCUUCGAAAAAGGAUUUCAAAGAAGCUGAGCUAGAAAAGGCAGAGAGAACGGUUUUCGUCGGAAACGCCCCCAAGGACCUGGUAACUUCCAAAACUUUGAACAAGAAAUUCAAGAAACUUUUCGCAGUUGCCAAAGAAACUAAAAACGAGGGCGACAGUAACAGUGACAGCGAGGAACAGGGGUCUGACGAAAAUGCAGUUUUCAAAAUCGAAAGCAUCCGUUUCAGAUCGAUCUCGUUCGAGGAGGCUCUUCCCCGUAAAGUGGCCUUCGUUCAGCAGAAAUUGCACAAAUCUAGAGACUCUGUGAACGCUUACGUUGUUUACGCUGACAGAGCCGCUGUCAAGGUUGCUUGUAAAUCGUUGAAUGGCCAACUUUUCGAGGGCCACCAUCUUAGAGUCGACUCCGUGGCACACCCUACGCAACAUGACAACAAGCGUUCGGUGUUUGUCGGAAAUUUAGAUUUCGAAGAGACCGAGGAAAACUUAUGGAAACAGUUUGAAAAAACUGGCGACAUCGAGUACGUGCGUGUGGUGAGAGACCCUAAGACAAACUUGGGGAAGGGUUUCGCUUAUGUUCAAUUUGCGGAUUUCCAAACCGUGAGCAAAGCUUUGUUGUUGGACGGAAAGAAGCUAAACGGCACCGGACGUAAGCUGCGUGUCACCAGAUGCAAAAACAUGAAGAAGGCACAACCUACAUCUCAAAAUGGGCGCAGCAAAGAGCUUACAGAUCAACAGAGAACCAAGCUUGGGAGAGCCAAAAAGGUACUUGGUAAAGCUGACAGAUCUACCGCAGGAAAGGAAAUUACAAUUGAAGGUCUAAGAGCCACGAAAGGUGCUACGACGCCAAUAUUGAAAAAGAAGAAACAGAGAUCCAAGACCGGAAGGGUGACCAAGCGUUCUACGGCAUUCAAGAAGGCCAAUCAACCCAAAUAA